AGGAACACAUGCCCUCCAAGUUAGAUAGCUUUUUUUCCUCUUUAAUUGCCGUUUAAACACACAUGCUCUCACAUAACACAGAAGGUGAGAGCUGAAUGAAGUUUUCUGGGUAAUGGCAUGAAAUGUUUUCCUUAUGAGAAGUGGUGUUGAGUUACAGCGUGCAGACGGAGAACGGGGAGGAGAGCAACAGCAGUCUCAAUCUGGCCCCCACCUUUUCUUGGGCUUGUAGGAAGGUGGACAUGGGCUCCCGGAGACAAGACAAGUGAUAUGUUGAACUGUUCGGUGGCUGGAAUCAACUGCUCCUGGAGUGACCUAAGGCCAGUGUUUACCAGAACUUAGCCAAGGCCAGCCAAGCAGGCACAGAUGCUCUGCUAUGAAAUGCCACGCAGGCAGAGACUGACAAGCGGUAGGAACUGAGCUUUCCCCUUGACUGCUGCUUCCUGCUGUGUUCAGGGGAGGGGGUCACUUUCUGGCAACUCUGCUGCUGCUGCUGUUGCUGUUGCUACUUCAGCUCCCUCUCCACUCAAGGUAAGCAGGCUAAGGGAGGGCAGGCUGCUAGGCAAAGCUUUGUACCAUGAACAGGAUCCGAAAGUUUUUCCGAGGAAGUGGGCGAGUCUUGGCAUUUAUCUUCGUAGCUUCUGUCAUCUGGCUGCUCUUUGACAUGGCAGCUCUCCGCCUCUCAUUCAGUGAAAUCAACACUCGGGUCAUCAAGGAAGACAUUGUGAGGAGGGAGCGGAUAGGAUUCAGAGUUCAGCCAGACCAAGGGAAAAUUUUUUACAGCAGCAUAAAAGAGAUGAAACCUCCCCUAAAGGGACAUGGGAAAGGGGCUUGGGGCAAAGAGAAUGAUAGAAAAACUGAGGAGAGUGUGCUCAAGGUUGAGGUGGACUUGGACCAAACCCAGAGGGAAAGAAAAAUGCAGAAUGCCCUGGGAAGGGGCAAGGUUGUGCCGUUGUGGCAUCCUGCACAUCUGCAGACCCUCCCUGUGACUCCUAACAAGCAGAAGACAGACGGGAGAGGCACCAAACCUGAAGCCUCCUCUCACCAAGGGACACCAAAGCAAACGACAGCUCAGGGGGCUCCAAAGACCUCAUUCAUAGCAGCAAAAGGAACUCAGGUAGUCAAAAUAUCAGUACACACGGGACGUGUCAGUUUAAAACAGGAGCCCCUGAAGAGUCAUAGUCCCAGCAGUGACACAUCAAAACCAGCAGCUGAAAGGGACUUGAAUGUGACCAUCAGUCUUAGUACUGACAGACCAAAGCAGCGAUCCCAGGUACUAGCAAAAGAGAGGGCACACCCUGCCAGCACAGCAGUGCCAAAGUCUGGGGAAGCCAUGGCCUUAAACAAAACUAAGACUCAGAGCAAAGAAGUCAAUGCAAAUAAACACAAAGCCAAUACGAGUCUUCCUUUUCCUAAGUUCAUUGUCAAUUCAAAUCGCUUAAGGAAGCAAUCUAUUAAUGAGAUAUCUUUGGGAAGUUUGUCAAAGGAUGAUGAAGCUAGAGGGGCUCAUGGGAAGAAACUCAAUUUCUCUGAAAGCCAUGUUGUGAUCAUAACCAAAGAGGAAGAGCAAAAGGCAGACCCCGAAGAGGUCUCUAAUUCUAAAACCAAAACAAUAUUUCCUAAAGUAUUGGGUAAAAGCCAAGGUGAACACAUUUCCAGGAGUAGAAGUGAGAUGUCUUUCUCUUCACUUGCUCCACAUAGAGUACCACUGUCCCAAACUAACUAUGCUUUAACUGGAGGGCUAGAGCCAGCAAAAAUCAACAUAACUGCCAAAGCCCCCCCUACAAAAUACAACCAGAGUCAUAUAAAAGCCCUUUUACCUGAAGACAGUGGAAUGCACCAGGUGUUAAGAAUUGAUGUGACACUUUCUCCAAGGGACCCCAAAGCUCCAGGGCAGUUUGGGCGUCCUGUAGUUGUCCCCCAUGGAAAGGAGAAGGAGGCAGAAAGAAGAUGGAAAGAAGGAAACUUCAAUGUCUACCUUAGCGAUUUGAUCCCAGUGGAUAGAGCCAUUGAAGACACCAGACCUGCUGGAUGUGCAGAGCAGCUAGUUCACAAUAACCUCCCAACCACCAGUGUCAUCAUGUGCUUUGUGGAUGAAGUGUGGUCCACUCUCCUGAGAUCUGUUCACAGUGUCCUCAAUCGCUCUCCUCCACAUCUCAUCAAGGAGAUUCUGCUGGUAGAUGACUUCAGCACCAAAGACUAUCUAAAAGAUAAUUUGGAUAAAUACAUGUCCCAGUUUCCAAAAGUUCGGAUUCUUCGCCUCAAAGAGAGACAUGGCUUAAUAAGGGCCAGGCUGGCAGGAGCACAGAAUGCAACAGGUGAUGUGUUGACAUUUUUAGAUUCUCAUGUGGAAUGUAACGUUGGUUGGUUGGAACCUCUUCUGGAAAGAGUUUAUUUAAGUAGAAAGAAAGUGGCCUGUCCAGUAAUCGAAGUCAUCAAUGAUAAGGAUAUGAGUUACAUGACAGUGGAUAACUUUCAAAGAGGCAUCUUUGUGUGGCCCAUGAACUUUGGUUGGAGAACAAUUCCUCCAGAUGUCAUUGCAAAAAACAGAAUUAAAGAAACUGAUAUAAUUAGGUGCCCUGUCAUGGCUGGUGGAUUGUUUUCUAUUGACAAAAGUUACUUUUUUGAACUUGGAACAUACGACCCUGGCCUUGAUGUUUGGGGUGGGGAAAAUAUGGAGCUCUCAUUCAAGGUGUGGAUGUGUGGUGGUGAAAUUGAGAUUAUUCCCUGCUCCCGAGUGGGCCAUAUAUUCAGAAAUGACAAUCCAUAUUCCUUCCCCAAAGACCGGAUGAAGACAGUGGAGCGGAACUUGGUGCGGGUUGCUGAGGUCUGGCUGGAUGAGUAUAAGGCACUGUUCUAUGGCCAUGGAGACCACCUCAUCGACCAAGGGCUAGAUGUUGGCAACCUCACCCAGCAAAGGGAGCUGCGAAAGAAACUGAAGUGUAAAAGUUUCAAAUGGUACUUGGAGAAUGUCUUUCCUGACUUAAAGGCUCCCAUUGUGAGAGCUAGUGGUGUGCUUAUUAAUGUGGCUUUGGGUAAAUGCAUUUCCAUUGAAAACACUACAGUCAUUCUGGAAGACUGUGAUGGGAGCAAAGAGCUUCAACAAUUUAAUUACACCUGGUUAAGACUUAUUAAAUGUGGAGAAUGGUGUAUAGCCCCCAUCCCUGAUAAAGGAGCUGUAAGGCUGCACCCUUGUGAUAAUAGAAACAAGGGGCUAAAAUGGCUGCAUAAAUCAACAUCAGUCUUUCAUCCAGAACUGUUAUCAAAUUCAGCCUGUGGCUCAUUCCCAGCUCUUCUUUCUCUCCAGGUGAAUCACAUUGUUUUUGAAAACAAUCAGCAAUUAUUAUGCUUGGAAGGAAAUUUUUCUCAAAAGAUCCUGAAAGUAGCUGCCUGUGACCCAGUGAAGCCAUAUCAAAAGUGGAAAUUUGAAAAAUAUUAUGAAGCCUGAAGUGUAACGGAUGUUUUUAUACAGUAAACCCAUUAAAUACUGUGAAAAUAACACUGAA